AUACGUGCACCGGAAGUAGUUGGGAAGUUGUCCAGAGACGCCACAACAACUAGCAGAUAACUGGACAGAAAUAGCUAAUAUUUAGGCUAAAUCAACACGAAAUCAGCCCGUCUGCAAAUCCGAUUUGUAUCCAUUUGAUAGAGGAGUGCAGAUCGGUGUAUAUCAAUAAAGAUGGCGGCCAACGAGGAAGAGGAAACCACCGUUUCUCUUGUGGAUGUUCUGGAGGAGGAUGAGGAGUUGGAGAACGAAGCUUCUGCUGUUCUGGCUGGCAGCGAUUCGGAUUUGUGCUCGUUUCCUCAGGGCUAUGUGAAGCGGCAGGCCCUGUACGCCUGCAACACCUGCACACCAAAGGGUGGAGAGGCAGCAGGUGUGUGUCUUGCUUGCUCUUAUAAAUGCCAUGAAGGGCACGACUUGUUCGAACUCUACACCAAAAGAAACUUCCGCUGUGACUGUGGAAACAGCAAGUUCAAACAACAGUGCAAGUUGUACCCAGACAAGGAGCAGCUCAACAGCGAGAACAAAUACAGCCACAACUUCUUUGGUCUCUACUGCACCUGCAACCGUCCGUACCCUGACCCAGAUGACCAGGUGGAGGACGAGAUGGUCCAGUGUAUUCUGUGUGAGGACUGGCUUCACGGCAGACACCUGGGAUGUGAAACGCCAGACAGUGUGGAGCUGCAGGAGAUGGUCUGCGGGUCCUGUAUGAACAAGAACCCCUUCCUAUGGACCUAUGCGGCCACCGUAGCAACUCCUGGUGGUCGACUAGAGGGAGAGGAGGAGCAGAAAGAGGAGCAGAAGGAGGUGAAGAGCGAGGAGUUGAAAAAAGAAGGGGAGCCGUCCACUAGCCGGGUGACCGGCGGCGAUGAAGAGGAGAAAACAGAGUUGAAGGUGGAGCGCUGCAAGCGGCGGUGCGAGGAGCUGGAGGAGGCGUGCCGGCUGAAGGAGCUGGAGGGGCUGGGGGGUCCCCGGAGGGUGCAGAGGGGGGCUGUGUUCUGGCCGGCCACCUGGAGGACCAAGCUCUGCUCCUGCGUCUCCUGCCAGAGGUGCUACGUUGCGUCCGGGGUGAGCUUCCUGCUGGACGAGUGCGACACAGUGCUGGCCUACGAGACCAAGGGCCAGCGCAGUGAGGAGGCGCAGAGGGGUCACGACCCCCUCAUGUCAGCCCUGGACAACCUCAACAGAGUCCAGCAGCUGGAGAUCAUACAUGGAUACAACGACAUGAAGACGGAGCUGAAAGACUUCCUCCAGAGCUUUGCAGCGGAGGGAAAGGUGGUGACGCCCGACGACAUCAGACGGUUCUUUGAACAGCAGCAGAGCAGGAAGAGGCGGCGGGCGGACGGGCAGAUGUUCUGAUCUCAGAUCAGUUCUGACACCGCCGGUUUUUACCUGGACUGUAGUACUGUGCUCAAGUUCUAUAGUACCUUAGUUCACGUGUAACAGUGCACCCUAUAUUAAAAGUCGGUAAAUAUAGAAUAUUGUAUCUUUUAUCUUUUAGGGCUAUCACACACCCCCAUCCCAGCAGAACGUACAAGACACCUUAAAGUUGUUUAUUCGUAAUUUCAGGAUCUUAUAUUUUCAAUAUUCGCACACAGGUAGGAUAUCACACAACAUUUUGCCAAUAGUGGUACAUAGUACACUCUACCAUUAUAGGAGGUAGAUGUGAAUGUACAACAGUACACCCUACCCCUACAGUGGUACAUGUGCUAUAGCACUGGUCUACUCGGUAGGCUUCAAUGUACCACAAUACAUCCUACCUUCAAACUAGGUAGAUUUGUUAAAUUAACUAUUGUACACCCUACCUUUGUACUAGGUAUACGUGAUAAAUGUUCCAUUGUAUCCUAUCUUUAUACUAGGUAGAACAUCUGCAGUUUUGUGUAAAUAACGCUUUAAUCAUUGAUUGUAUUUUAAAAAUGGUUCUUCAUUGGCAUAUUGAUGAACGUGUUUAUUAAAGUGUCAACCCUGGUUUGCUGCCGUUUGAAGGAGAA